AGUCGCGAUCGUUUCUCUCCCAAUAAUGACAAUCAAACUGUUAGAAAUUUGUAGUAGUUCGCCCCUAUACACUUUGUAACAUAGUUCAAAAUAGUAAAUCUCGGUAAAUGUUCAACAUUCAAAUGAAGAAAUAAAGGAAUUAUCUUGCUAGUAGUACACCAGUAACAAAAAGUGCCCUCGGUUUCCAAAGCAAAUAGUAAACCGUUAAGGAGACAUAGGUUAGAAACGUAAAUGAGAAUCAGUUCAUAAUUUAUGUAUAAUCGAAUAAAAUCGAUAAAAUGUCAUUUAGGUACCGUGUAUCUUGUAAAGCAGUGAACGAGUGUAUUGGUCAGGGAAUACGAAAAGGAUUCUUACGAUAGCUCUUGUGCACUCAUCGUUAUGUGAUAUUCAACAUCAAACCACAUUUGCAAUACCAUGCUUAAUUCUAAUCCACGAGAAAUAAGAAAUAUGUGAUCGAGGACAGCAAGGGAAGUGAAGCUUGCGCUAAUGCACAACGUGUCUCAGUAAAACUCAUAGUCUUCGUGGCGGUAAUUACUGAACUAUUCAGCUUGACAAUUCAAGUGUUAUCUGAAAAUGAACCUCGACUCAGUCGCAUGUCGCACCGUGACACAAACGCCCAUGAAAUUACGGAUUGCAGAAUGCAUCUGGGAUUGAAACAAGAAAGGCAUUUAUAAUGGAACGAUCGAUAGAAAUGAAAUUUAAAUGAGCUAACAUGGGGUGCUGUAACCGAUUUGCAACGUUGUUGCUGGUGGAUGAUCCUAGAUAAUGAAGCAAUUUGAAUGCAACGAGUGGUGCCGUAUAUAUUUUCCUAUAUCUAUAUGUUUAUUACGAAAAUUGGAAUCAUUAUAGAAUGAGCGACUCAAACCAACAAGUUCCCAGUAAUAGUAGUGAAAAUAGUGAAACCAUUAAUAAUAGUGUAUUAGUGAAAAUAACUCCGAGUCAAGAUACAGAAAGUGACAAAACAGAAAGCACCAACAUAUCACCAGACGUGAAUUAUUCCAACGAAGUGAAAUCUACAAGAAAUGGUAGCUUACCGGAAGGUUUAUUAUACCAGAGUACACUUAACGUGAUACUGCCUAAUUUCAUCGAACAUGAAAAGAGGGCCAGCUCUCCAUUGCCGGAAGUGUUGAAGCACAAACAGCACAGGACUGUCCAUUCAAGCCCAAUUAAGUCGAGCCGAAGCCGAAGCCAAGAUUCUCAACCCUUUGCGACGGUCAAAAGAGAUGUUGAAGAAACUAGUAAGAUAAACCAGCAAAGCGAUCAGAAUCAACUAUUCAUGCGGCACAGUACUGACAACAUUCAAGCUAUUAAUAACUAUCCAUGCUGCACUAGACCUACAUUCGGCGUAAAUGGAGGGAUGGGCCCGUAUAUGAAUCACAACUUCAGCAACAAUGACAACAGUAAGGGCACCAAUGGCAACAGUGUUUCCAACAAAUUCACCGUCACCAGGACGAACAGCACCAAUACUACGGGCGAGCCGGACACACAUGGAACGGUUUCCACGGCGUCGGUCCAUCAAUCAAGCGAUAGCAAUCACCACGUGGCCGCCGAUGGCACAACUUCUGGCUACCAUGGCGGCUCGCAGGAUUCAAUGGACGAGUUAGACACCGGCAAGUUAGAUGGGACGAUCGGAAAGUCACUGUCGACACUGGAUGAUAUUAUGGAAAGUCCUCUCCUGAAAAGCCCAGUAGAAAAAUGGCUCGAAGCGCAGGAUAACGCAUUGAAAUUUAUGAACGAAAACGACGAACGCAGUCGGAGUCCCGAUCCCUACAGCAAAAUAUUUGGUCCCAAAAUAACAAACGAAAAUAUCCCGGGAACACCCAUGGAACCGUCCGAGAUAGUAUCAAGUUUUAACAACCAAAACUUCACCUCCAACACGAUGAACAUUGCAAACGAGAGAAGAAGAUCGUCUACCAAGCUUCUGGCUGGAAACUCCCCCAUGCGAACGGUUAGCAGAGAUGAAAAAGAUUCGCUACACCGAAGUAGUUUUGACGGAACGAGUUUCCGUAGUAAUAGACACCGACCAUCUCAGCAGUCAAACGACACGCGGAGGUCCAGUAAACAGGAUAAGGAGGGUCUUGAUCCCGAGUCGCUAAUGUUCCGCGAUGGGCGCCGGAAAAUCGAUAUGAUUCUGUGCUACGAGGAAGAAGACGAAGGCGUGAUGACAGAGAUGGAAGCUUUGAAACGGCACCAGCGCAAAGUUUUCCAGGAAAGCUUGGUGAAGGAAGGCCUGGAGAUCGAAAUCGAACACAAAUCGCAAUCGUUCGACGAAAAAACGUAUUUCAUCAAAAUACACAUACCGUGGCGAACGGAGUCACGCUACGCUGAGGUUAUGAACUUGAAGCUACCGGUGAAGCGGUUCAUCACCAUCAGCGUGAAGGAGGAAGAAUCAACCUUAAGGAAACACCAGAACAAGUGGCUCAGUUACUGGAACAAACUAAUGUCUGUGACGGAAUACAACUACAGCCGAAUCGAGAAGGAGCCAUCGUUCUACUCCGCGACGGCAAACGGCAACCCGGAAGAACAGUUCAUCGUCAAAGACAGGUGCACCACCUACAACAGUGCCCAGCGGAGUCUGAUAGUGAUGCAAAUUCUAAUGCGAACCCGGUUCGAUGAAGCCGAAAAGGCAUACAACGUCGGAGUCAAAAGACUGCUAAACGAUGGAACGUAUCUGGCGUGUUUCCCGCUCCACGAGGGUCGGUAUGACAGGAAUCACUCGUCUGGAGCCAUAUUCGAUAGAAGACUGCUGUAUCUGGAAUGGGCAAGGCCGGCCAAAUGGUACAAGAAACAACCGCUGUGCCUUAUUCGGAAGUACUUUGGGGACAAAAUUGCAUUGUACUUCUGUUGGCUGGGCUUUUACACGAAGAUGUUGUACGCUCCUGCCAUCGUUGGGUUUUUCUGUUUUCUGUAUGGAUUGGCGUCGAUGGAUUCUAACGAUAACAUCCCAACGAAAGAAAUUUGCGAUGAAAAUGGCCCAGGUAACAUCACUUUAUGCCCCUUGUGCGAUCGAGCUUGUAGCUAUCAACAACUAUCGGAAUCAUGCUUAUUUGCUCAACUAACCUACCUAUUCGAUAACCCAUCUACCGUGUUCUUCGCAAUUUUUAUGUCAUUUUGGGCAACAACGUUUCUCGAGAUGUGGAAACGCAAACAAUCAGUACUGAUAUGGGAAUGGGAUUUGCAAAAUAUCGAAAACGAAGAGGAUACCCGGCCUGAGUUUGAAACAUCCGUCAAAACGUUCCGUACGAACCCGGUGACCCGUGAAAAGGAACCCUUCAUGCCAACUUGGGAUCGUGCAAUUCGUUUCUUCGCAACGUCUAGUGCGGUAUUGUUUAUGAUUGCAGUAGUUUUGGGGGCUGUUCUGGGGACAAUCAUCUAUAGAAUUUCACUCGUAUCUGUGAUCUACAGUGGCGGAGGACGUUUUUUCCGCAAACAUGCCAAACUAUUCACCACGAUGACUGCUGCCUUAAUCAAUCUUAUCAUUAUCAUGAUUUUAACACGUAUUUACCACAAACUAGCUAUCUACCUUACUAAUUUAGAAAAUCCUCGAACACAAACGGAGUACGAGGACUCAUAUACCAUCAAGAUAUUCGUGUUCGAGUUCAUGAACUUCUACAGUUCACUGAUCUACAUUGCGUUCUUCAAGGGACGGUUCUUUGACUACCCGGGAGAUGACGUAGCGAGGAAAAGCGAAUUCUUCCGGCUGAAAGGAGACAUCUGUGAUCCGGCGGGAUGUUUGAGCGAACUCUGCAUCCAGUUGGCAAUUAUCAUGGUGGGGAAACAGUGCUGGAACAAUCUGAUGGAGUACUUUUUUCCAGCCUUCUACAACUGGUGGCGUCAACGGAAACACAAACAACUCACCAAAGAUGAAACUCAUCUUCACAUGGCAUGGGAGCAAGAUUAUCACCUCCAGGAUCCAGGACGAUUGGCUUUGUUCGAUGAAUACCUCGAAAUGAUUGUGCAAUACGGUUUUGUAACGCUGUUUGUAGCCGCAUUUCCGCUGGCACCUCUCUUUGCGUUGCUCAACAAUAUAGCCGAAAUCCGACUAGACGCCUAUAAAAUGGUAACGCAAUCAAGAAGACCUUUAGCAGAACGGGUCGAGGAUAUCGGAGCAUGGUACGCGAUUCUGAAGAUUAUCACUUACACGGCUGUGGUAUCGAACGCAUUUGUGAUAGCGUACACAAGUGAUUUUAUACCUCGCAUGGUUUACAAAUACGUAUAUUCACCGCAUUUCACUCUUCAUGGUUAUAUCGAACAUUCACUCUCAGUGUUCAACACUUCCGACUACAAAGAUGAAUGGGGAACAAAAACCGAGUCGGAUCCGGAUAUGUGCCAAUAUCGGGGAUACCGCAACGGCCCUACCGAUUCAGAACAGUACGGUUUGAGUCCUCACUAUUGGCACGUCUUCGCUGCCCGGCUAGCGUUUGUGGUGGUCUUCGAGCAUAUCGUGUUCGUUCUGACGGGAAUAAUGCAAUUCAUCAUUCCGGAUAUUCCCGUUGAAGUCAAGACUCAAAUUCAGCGAGAGCAAAUGCUUGCCAAAGAAGCCAAGUAUCAGCAUGGACUGAAGAAGUCGCGCGAUACUGAUUACGAAGAGAUACUGCAAGCGCUCAGAGCGCAAAGCAACAACAGCAGACAAGGAAUAAGAGGAAGCUGGGCGAGACGCUUGAGCCGUCUAAGUGACGGACUGGACGCUCAUGUUGAAGUUUCAAACCGCCCCCGGCAGUCGCUGGAGUCCACCGUCUGGGAAGUGACAUAGCAGUAGUGGACAAGUCGCAGAUGAUCCCUCACUAUUUCAAACGUUGUAGCAAACUGUUUAUUGAAUUACUAAUUGUAAACUAUUUACGUAUAAAAUAAACUCUCCAGUCGCGGCCAUCCUUUUGUAAAUAAACGCUAA